GCUGAAAUCGGAACCUUUAUGCCAAACCUAGCCUUCGUCGCUUAAACCCUAUCAUUUUCUUCUCUCUCACUCACUCCAUCACAAGCCGCCGCGCAUUGUUAUCUCCACAAUCGAGCUUCUGCUGCAACAACCAUGGAGGCGGCUGCUCCUUCUAUGCAGCAACAACAACAACGCCGCAUUGAAUUUCAUCUGGCUAGAAAACCCAUCUCUUCUUCCUUCGCUAACACCAGCAAUUCUUCCAAUUUCAAGCUUGAAACUCUGAACCCUUCUUCUCCUUCAAUCUCUUCCCUUCGCCCUUCUCAAUCUCAAUCUCAACCCCCUUCUUCCAAUUCUAAAAAGCCGGAGUCUUCUGAUUUCAUUGAUGCCACUUUUGAUCUCGAUUUCGUUUUGCGAAUUCCUUUUCGCCGGAUUGGAGCUGGUUUGGAAAAUCUGGGGAAUACAUGUUUUCUUAAUUCUGUCAUACAGUGCCUCACAUACACAGAGCCGUUAGUAGCUUAUUUGCAAAGUGGCAAGCAUCAGAAUAAUUGUCAUGUUGCUGGUUUUUGUGCGUUAUGUGCCAUGCAAAAACAUGUUAAUCGCGCCCUACAAUCAACUGGGAGAAUAUUAGCACCGAAGGAUCUUGUUUCAAACUUGAGAUGUAUAUCUCGUAGUUUUCGAAAUGCAAGACAAGAGGAUGCACAUGAGUACAUGAUAAAUUUGCUGGAGUCAAUGCAUAAAUGCUGCUUACCUUCAGGCGUGCCUGCUGAGUCACCUGGUGCUUAUGAUAAGAGUUUGGUUCACAAGAUAUUUGGGGGUCGCUUACGUAGCCAGGUAAAAUGCUUGCAGUGUUCCCAUUGUUCGAAUACAUUCGACCCAUUCCUGGACUUGAGCCUUGAAAUAGCAAAAGCAGAUUCAGUGUACAAGGCCCUCUCACACUUCACUGCCCCUGAGCAAUUGGAUGGUGGGGAGAGGCAGUAUAAGUGUGAAAGGUGUAAGCAGAAAGUCAGGGCACUCAAACAGCUUACAGUUUAUAAAGCUCCAUAUGUUCUGACUGUCCAUCUUAAGCGAUUUCGUCACUUUAAUGGGCAAAAGAUUGACAAGAAAGUCCAUUUUGGCUCUUCAUUGAAUCUCAAGCCCUUCGUCAGUGGAACCUAUGAGGGUGAUUUGACCUAUACACUCUAUGGUGUACUGGUUCAUGCUGGGUGGAGUACACAUUCUGGUCAUUAUUUUAGCUUUGUGCGCACAUCAAGUGGAAUAUGGUACUCACUUGAUGACAACAGGGUUUAUCAAGUAAGUGAAAAGACUGUAAUGGAGCAGAAAGCAUAUAUGUUGUUCUAUGUUCGUGAUAUGAAAAACGUUGGUACUAAGAAAGCCAUGGAUGUUGUUCACAAGGAAAAAUUGAUCACAACUAUGCGAAAUGCUUCAAGUUCUUGUUCCAUCCCUGUUGUCAAGAGCUUUCAAAAUGGUUAUGCUGACAAGAACUCGAAGGAAACUAUCCCAUCUGGUCUGGUUGUGAAUCAUUCUGAAGGCCGUAAUUCUUCUAUAGUUCCGGUUCAACAGAAUACAUCAAAAUGUGUUUCAUCUAAUGGCAUUGCAUCUGGGAAAGAGUCUAGUCAUGAAAAUAAUAUCAAAGUAUCAACAUUGCCAUCUGUUACAAAGAAGGAAAAUUCGUUAAUUACAAGAACUGAUUUGGAUGGAAUGGUACAGUCAGCAACCAAGUUUAGUAAUGGUGAUCAUUCUGGAAAAAUUCCUACUGCUACAGCUUCUGCAGUCUGCUGUGUUACCAACGGGGAAAAGGAAUUCGCAUCAGUGGAGAAGCCAUCAAUUUCCAACUUCCCUUCUAGUGCUAAUAUUUUAUGCAACAAAGAAUCUCAUAUGGUCAGUACUCCUGCAGGCACUGAGGGUCAUAACAUUCAAUCCAAUAAUGUAAAUGAUGUUAAGUCAAAUGUCCCAUCAGAUUCUGCAAUCCAACUAUCCACCGAAGAUGGAAUUGGCAACACCAAGGUUUCAAAGGAUGAAGCUUCAGAGCCUAUGUCUGACAUCCCUUCAGUAUUAAGCAAACCGAGAAAUAAGAGGCCAAGAAUGAAUGGGUCGUCUGCUGCAAAAUCUCCUGAAAGUGCACCUCGCAAAAGAUUAAUGAAGGAGAUCUUGAAGUCAAGUAUUGGGGGAAUGCAUUUUAGCACGAAGUUGCUAUAUGGGGCUUCUCUGAGCUUGAGAAACAGGAAAAAGUUCAAAAGGAUGAAGAAAAGCAAUAAAAAAGUUCUGCAAGAGAAUCUGCUUACUGAAGAUAGUAUCCCUGCAGACAUGGGUCCGUCAACUUCUGACUCUGAUCCUGCGGGUACUAUUAAACAUAGCCACAAAAGAGCAAAUUGCAAGGAUGCUAAUGAUUUGUGUUCCAAUGAACCAACUUCUCAACUUGUAAAAGAAGUAUCCGGUGCCACAGGAGGACUGCAUGAGCCUGCUGUUGGACGCUGGGAAGACGUGGAGCCUCCUUUGAAAAAAGUGGAAUCAAAUGGCCAAGAUACUUUAAGCAUUGGUCAUGUGCUGGAUGAAUGGGAUGAGGAAUAUGACCGUGGUAAAAGAAAAAAGAUCAGAGUAUUGCAGAAUAAUUUUGGGGGACCAAAUGUUUUCCAAGAAAUUGCAACAAAGAAAGCAAAAUUGAAGGCAAGGAGUAAAGACCGCAGAACACGACCUUGUAGAUAAGCCAUCCUACAGAUUUCUUCAGCUAGUGGCUGUAGAUUUUAUCAUGGGGGCUUACAAGAAUUUUCCUGGAAGUAUUCUACUACUUGAGCAUACAUCCAGGGCUUUUCUAUCGUGGAGAUUUUGCACCAUUGAAGUGUUGGGAGUCUCCGUACCAUGUUGCAGCAUUAAGCAUUGUACUGGACUACUGGUCCUUGCCUCGAGACCGAUUCGAUUCGAUGGCGCUUACAUCUGUCCCUGCCAGGUAAUAAUAGAUAUGAUUAUCUAUCUAUAAUAUUUUUGAAGACGCUCUUAUUUUUUAUUUAUUGGAAGGACAAUAUAGUAUAUCAAGGAUCUUUAAAUCUGCAGUUUGUAUGAUUGAAAUUUUGUAGGCAUUGUGUAAAAGGUUCUUGAUCUGUCCUUCAAAGUAUUGUAUCUGUUUCUGAAGUAAUAUCGUGGAAUGUAAGUUGAUCACUCAUUAGCCUUAAUAAAUUACUUUCUUGAUCAA